AUGUUCAAUUAUGUUUUAUUUUUUAUCGAGUGCCAAGAACAGCCAUCUCGGAUAUAUUAUGCUCCGGUACGUUACUAAAUACGAUUUGUUUAUUAGUGCCAAUUUUUUAGAUUUCUUCUUGUGCAUUUUUGAAUAUUUAUUGCCGCCUUACGCCUAAAUUGGAGCGUUUACAGAUUUUAGGAAACACUGGAUUCUGGUAUCAAGUAUUGCCAGCGGUACAGACGUAUAUACUCAUCAGUGGGCACGAACUGUAAAAUCGAUUAUAAGAUGUACAGUAAGUAUUGUUAAUAAUUUACUAUAGUAAUAGUCACAAUUAAUAAAGCGAUUGAAGUGUCAAUGUGUCAUUCGUAUUUUGCAUUUCCAUAACGUGAACAAUCCUUUAAGUAAGUACUUCAAAAUUCUUAUGAUUUAUUGUAUUUGAGAAUCAUGUUUUAGUUAUUUCUCAUUUUACACCUAGGUGGUUUCAUAAUUUGGUACUACCCAGUGUCUUAGGUACCCAUGUGACAAAUUCUAAAAUCAAUGGUGAAAAUUUGACUUAUAAGUUAUAAUGUAACAACAUAACUAAAUAUAUUUCAUAUAGUUGCGCACAAUGUAUUUUUAAGUGUUAGUUGUAUAAGUGUUUUACAUAAGUACCUAAGAAAAAGUACCAACUAUAUUAUACAUAUAUUCCUUAUUAUAUUAGGUAUAAUAAUCUACCUAAUUAGAGGUACCUAUUGGGAAUGACUUAAUUAGUUACAAGUUAUAAGUUACUAAAAAAAAAUUACAUUUUAAGUAAUUGUAUGGUAAUUUAAUUAUAUUUUGUGUAAAUAAAUUAUGCAUAAUUUAAUUUACUUUUUGGUAGUCAAAUCUCUAAAUUAAUCGUUACUAUUAUGGUUAUUGUUACCUAUACAGUUGUUUACUUAAUAUUACUCAAAGAUUUUAUUUUAUUUUUGCAAAUUUAAUAAGUGUAAAUAAAUUUAUUUUCUCUGUUAUCAUUUUUGAUAAUAUAUUGCACUAUUUCCAUACAUUGACACGAAAAAUAUAAUUAUUAAACUCCAGUAAUAUUUUUGAGAAAAAAAUAACCCUUAUUGUGACAAAGUUAAUUUUUCUUAACUUCAAGUUAUGUAACUUGACAAAAAAAAAAAAUCAAAAAUUAAUCCGUGCGUCUAUGACACACUAUAAUAGAGGUAUUUGAAGAGAUAAUCUUAAAAAAAAAAACAUGGCGGGUGUAGUCUUUAAAUUAGCUAAAUUGUUCAAUUUCAUUUUAUUUUUUAUCGUGCGCCAUAGAUAACCAAUUUGGAUAUAUUAUAUACCGAUACGUCACUAAAUACGAUUUGUUUAUUAGUGCCGUUUUUUUAGAUUUCUUCUUGUGUAUUUUUGCGUAUUUAUUGCCACCCUUACGCCUAAAUUGGAGUGUUUACGGAUUUUAGGAACCACUGGGCUCUUUUAUCAAAUAUUGCCAGCGGUACGUACGUGUGUACUCAUUUGUGUGCACGAACGCUAAACUCAAUUAUAAUAUGUACAAUAAGUAUAUUUUAAAAUUUGUUAUAGUUAAAAUAACAAUUAAUAUAGCGUGUGAAAUGUCAUUGUGUCAUUCGUAUUUUGCAUUUCCAUGAUGUGAACAAUCCUUUAAGUAAGUACUUCAAAAUUCAUAUGAUUUAUUGUAUUUGUGAAUCAUGUUUUUAGUUAUCUCUCAUUUUACACCUAGGUGGUUUCAUAAUUUGGUACUACCCAGUGUCCUAGGUACCCGUGUGGCAAAUUCUAAAACCAAUGGUCAAAAUUUGAUUUACAAGUUAUAAUGUAACAACAUACCUAAAUAUAUUUCAUAUAAUUGCGCACAAUGUUUUUUUAAGUGUUAGUUGUAUUAGUGUUUUACAUAUGUACUCAAGUAAAAGUACACACUAUAUUAUACAUAUAUUCCUUAUUAUAUUUGGUAUAAUUAUCUACCUAGUUAGAGCUACCUAUUGGAAAUAAUUAGUUCAAAGUUACUGUUUAUUAGUGCCGUUUUUUUAGAUUUCUUUUUGUGCAUUUUUGCGUAUUUAUUGCCCCACUUACGCCUCAAUUGCAGUGUUUACGGAUUUUAGGAACCACUGGGCUCUUUUAUCAAAUAUUGCCAGCGGAAGUAGUUGUAUACUCAUCUGCGGGCACGAACUCUAAAAUCAAUUAUAUGUACAAUAGGUAUAAUUAAUAAUUUAUUUUAGUGAUAGGAACAAUUAAUAUAGCGUUUGAAGUGUCAUUGUGUCAUUCGUAUUUUGCAUUUCCAUAAUGUGAACAAUCCUUUAAGUAAGUACUUCAAAAUUCAUAUGAUUUAUUGUAUUUGUGAAUCAUGUUUUUAGUUAUCUCUCAUUUUACACCUAGGUGGUUUCAUAAUUUGGUACUACCCAGUGUCCUAGGUACCCCUGUGGCAAAUUCUAAAACCAAUGGUGAAAAUUUGACUUACAAGUUAUAGUGUAACAACAUAACUAAAUAUAUUUCAUGCAGUGGCGCACAAUGUUUUUAUUUUAAGUGUUAGUUGUAUUAGUGUUUAACAUAAAUACCUUAGUAAAAAUACCAACGAUAUUAUAGAUAUGUUCCUUAUUAUAUUUGGUAUAAUUAUCUACCUAGUUAGAGCUACCUAUUGGAAAUAAUUAGUUCAAAGUUACUGUUUAUUAGUGCCGUUUUUUUAGAUUUCUUUUUGUGCAUUUUUGCGUAUUUAUUGCCCCACUUACGCCUCAAUUGCAGUGUUUACGGAUUUUAGGAACCACUGGGCUCUUUUAUCAAAUAUUGCCAGCGGAAGUAGUUGUAUACUCAUCUGCGGGCACGAACUCUAAAAUCAAUUAUAUGUACAAUAGGUAUAAUUAAUAAUUUAUUUUAGUGAUAGGAACAAUUAAUAUAGCGUUUGAAGUGUCAUUGUGUCAUUCGUAUUUUGCAUUUCCAUAAUGUGAACAAUCCUUUAAGUAAGUACUUCAAAAUUCAUAUGAUUUAUUGUAUUUGUGAAUCAUGUUUUUAGUUAUCNUGUUCAAUGGGUAUAAUUAAUAAUUUAUUUUAGUGAUAGGAACAUUUAAUAUAGUGUUUGAAAUGUCAUUGUGUCAUUCGUAUUUUGCAUUUCCAUAAUGUGAACAAUCCUUUAAGUAAGUACUUCAAAAUUUAUAUGAUUUAUUGUAUUUGUGAAUCAUGUUUUUAGUUAUUUCUCAUUUUACACUUAGGUGGUUUCAUAAUUUGGUACUACCCAGUGUCCUAGGUACCCGUGUGACAAAUUCUCAAACCAAUGGUGAAAAUUUGACUUACAAGUUAUAAUGUAACAAUAUUACUAAAUAUACUUUAUACAGUGGCGCACAAUUUUUUUUUUAAAUGUUAAACUCAAUAUUUAAUUUAUUGUUACAAUUAGUUAAAAAUAAAAGUUAAGGAUUCAGCUUUACUAUUGAUGUAGUAGGUAGUUACACCAAAUAAAUUCUUACAAAAUUGGCUUUAAAGUAAUCAACUAAACUUAGUUACCUACUUUUUUUUUUUCUAACCCGUAGUUUGGUUUACAACACCAAUUCUCCAUUCUAACCAAAUACUCAUCUUUUUUAAGUUCCUUAAAGGUUUUGACUCUUGCAUCACAUUUAAUUUGACCUAUAUAAAAGUUUUGAGGGCGACCUACAGUUUUAUUUCUUUCUAUCAUACCCUCUAGUAUUAUAUUAUGCAACUCUUCUGGGUGUCUCAAGGAAUGCCCACCAUUUUCCAGCAUCUUGCUCUAUUAUAUUUUUUAUGAGAAAAAGGUAGUGUUUUGCGCAUGCAGACUGAGCUACGGAUCACUAUCAGAUUACAUCUGGCCCAAUAGUGGUGGGAGCUCCGGGCGAGGUGCAGCAUGGGGAUGCGUAAGAAUGACUGGUUUUCAUCGAAACUUUACCGUUCUUUUGUGAUAAAUAGUAUAAUCAUAUCUAUGAGUGUACAUUUUUCUCCCACAGUUCUAAGUACUUCUUCAUUUUUUUUUUGUUCUAUCCAACUUAUCCUUUCCAUAUGCCUUCAACACCACAUCUCGAAGGCUUCUAGUUUUUUUUUUCGACAUCAUUUACUACCUAAGUUUUAAGGUACCUACUUACCUAAUAAUACAAAUUGCCUAUUACCAAUGUUGUAAAGAAUACUUUUAAAAAAUAUUUGUCUAUUAUUUAAUUUACUCUUCAAAAAUAGUAUUUAAAAUACUAGGUACUCAAAUGUUUUAAAAAAAUUAUUUGAGCACAAAUUUAAUUACUAUUUUUUUUAAAACAAUAUAGUUACCUAUAUAUACAGAUUUUGUCAUACUUUUCUUUUAAAUCUUCAGUAUAAGUAGAGCUUUGUUUAGGGUUUUAUCAAAUAAAUUUAAAUUAUUUAAAAAUAUUAGUUAAAAUUGUACAUAAUGUAAUAUAUGUGUUCAUGAACUAUGCCUAUGUAAAGGCGAAGGACUUAUUUUAAUUCGGCUCAAGGGGUAAUUAUGAUAUAGGUGAACCUAUAUCAUACAUAAACAUUGUAAUUCUGGAUCACUUAUAAAUGGAAAUAGUUUUAAAUUAGUUUUGAAAAACAGUUUAUGAGCAUAGAUGGAAUAGAGAAUUAGAAGAGUUCGUUUUUGGGUUCUGAAACAAUAUUACAGUGUACCUUAAUUCCAGAAAUUCACAAAAGACAGAACAUUUUGUUGAAACUCAUUCAUCUGUUUAAACAGCAUUCUCAUUGUACUUAUGGUUCAGAACAUCAGUUCAGCGAAUGAAAAAGUAUCUGUGUAUAGUUUACAAAAUUACAUGUAAUAAUUACCUAUAAAAAAUCUUCAAUCCAUUUUUUUAUUUAAGGAGCUAUUGUGUUAGUCCCUUCAUAAUAAUAUUUAUAACUAAGGUAGUAGUUAACUAAUUUUUUCUAAGAAUAAUGUGCGCCACUUAUUUGAUGUAUUGAAAUUCAAAUUAAAAAAGUCUCAUGAGAUAUUGACCGCAACUUCUAAAAUUUUUUACAAGUAAAAUAGAAAUCCUAAUAAAAAUAUUUUGAAUUGUACAUAUUAUUACUGGUAAUAUUAUGGACCUUGAUUUUCAAAGUCCAAACCUAACUUUUCUUUAAAUUAAAAAUUUGAAUUGAACGUACAAUUUUUAUUUAUACCCGAAUCAAAAUAUUUAAAUAUUUUAUCACACCCGAAAUAAACUAAAAAAAAAAGUUAGUGCUGGUGGUUUAGUUGAUGCCGGCAGAUUUUAUAUUUCUUAUUUUAACAUUAAAAAUAGAAAUAAUGGGGCCUGGAGCAGCCACUGUUAUAGGUAAUUUAAUGUAUACCUAUGAGAAAUGAUAAACCAUUACUUACGAAAAAAAGAUUCUGAGCAGAGUUUAGUUGAUAAUAAUGCUUUGUCAAAAAUAUAUGUCAUUUUUUAGUAAAAUAAUUAAAUAUCUUUUAUAUAUUUUUUUUAAUAAUAUUUGUUUAAUGUUGUAACGAUUUUCAAAAUUUUCCUAUGUUUUUCCCAUGUUUUAUCCUGAUUUUUCACAUUUGUUAGGAAAAUUCCUGAGGAUAUCGAAAAACGACCUCUUUACAUACCACCUUAGUGAAAUUUUUUUGUUGAAAAAAUCCUAUUUUUAAAUGUUGGAGUAAAAUUACUGACAGAAAAAUUGUCCACAGAAAAAAAAAAUAUAUCUUUAUAAAACUAAAUUUCUUCACUCCAAUCAGAAUAUAAAAUUAAAUAUUGCAUUAUUAUGUAAUUUGGUGGCAGAAGUUUUAUAUGUUUAUUUUUAUUUGAACAUAAUUUAAUUAUAAUAGGUUUGGUUCACUUCAAAAAUGGAACAGUAUGUAACAUUAUUAUUGGGUACCUAUUAAAUGAUAUUAAUGCACUUUUAAUAUUUAUCUUUUAAAUUCUUGUUUUAAAUGUUAAAUCGAAAAAAUACAAUGAAACAAAUAUUUAAGAUGCUGUCAAAUUGAAUACAUACAAAUUAUAAAUGCUAUUUUUUCUCCGGAUAAUUAGACUUAAGUUAUUCAACUUCUGGGCCUUAAAUUUUAUUUUUAGUAGGGCAUGGAUGUUAUUGCAUUUGCAACUUUUUUUCUAUCUUUUCAAUUUAUUGCUAAAUAAGUUUUAAAUACACUUCACAUAAGUACAAAUUAAAAUCUAGAAGUUUCAAGUGCAAUUUUUUGCAAUUUUUUUGCACAGUCAAAAUAUAAAAUGUGACUGAAUAUAAAAAAUUAAAUGAAGGUAUACAUAGGAAAAAAAAAUUAUACAAAUUGGUCGUUUUACAUAGAGUAUAGAAAUAAAUUAUUUGAUUAUAAUUUAUUAUCUAAUAUGUAUUGAUAUUUAUAUCAAGAUAUUAUUUUUAAAGUGGGUUUGAACAUUUAAAAUAUUAUUAAAAUUAUUUUUCUUUAUUUCAUCAAUGUGUUCAGUAUUUCACAUUUUUAUUAUUAAAUCUGUAUAACUAAUUAUUUAAUGCACAAAAGUAAAAGCAAAUAUGUAUAAUUAUUAUUUAUAUUUUAAUUUAUGGAUUAAUGAAUUGCAUUAUAGCUAAUCAUUUUUUUCUUCCCUUACCCAGGUUGAGAACCUUGUUAGAGUAACAAUAGGAACCCUGAACUAUACUCUGUUCCAAAAGAGCAUACUGCUUUUGCGCAUAACACCAAAAUGCUCUCGUUGUGACCAGUAGUACCUGGUGCUUUUGGAACAAAGUAUACAUUAUAUUAUGCUACAUGUAUAUUGUACAAUAUUAAUAAUUUAAUAUUAUAUUUUUACUUAAAAUUAUACAUAUCUAUUGUAUUAUAUAUAUAACAUAAUGCUUCAUACUUUCUAUAAAUGAUUGGUGUUUUAAAUUUUUUGUUAAAUAAUAAUUACUACUAAAGUAAUCAAAUCAAGCUGUAAUAUUAUUAGUACCUUUUCAAAUCUUACUAUUGUUUCAAGUGUGGGGUUAUUAGAGUGUUUGUUAAUUUUUUUAAAUAUAUUUUGUAUAUUUACUCAUAUUUUGCAUAACUACAGAACAAUAAUUUUAAUUAAACUGUAUCACCAAUUUUUAAACAGAUGUUUCAUCGGUUUGUGUCUUAAAAUUGUUUAGAGUUUAAUAGUUAUAUUAAUAACUAUUAAUUAUGUUAAUUUAUGUGACCAAUUUGUAUAAUUUUUUUUGCUAUGUAUUCUUUCAUUUAUUUUUUCAUAUGUAGCCACAUUUUUACUUUUUGACUUCACAAAUUUACAUGAUGAUCAAUUUUUAACUAUAAAUAUAUAUAUUUUUAAAUAUUUAUUAGUUGUAAUAAGUGAUAAUCUAAAACGGGUGAUUGAUUUUCACAGUUUUAUAUAAUUGAUAAUGACUAUCAGAAUGCUUAUUAGGGUAACAAUGGUAUCCAUGGAUAUAGAACUAUCUUUGGGACAGCUACCCCAUAAGUAUUUAUCAUAGGGGUGUUUUAUCCAUUCUAUAUUAUCUAUAUCAUUAAACAAUAAGCAUAAUCUUAUAUAACAAAAUAGAAAAACUAAAGAGUAAUUUAUAAUGAUAUAGACUAUUAUAGAAAGCUUAUAUAGGUUCUGUAGUCUAUUAUAAUACUAGUUAUUAUAUUAUGCUCAUUAUUUUGUUAUCAAAAAUAUAAAAAAAAAUAUGUAAUUAUUCACAAAAAACCAAUAAAUCAAUAAUUAUUUUUGUAAUGUUAUUGGGGAGGUAUAAAUUAACAAUAAUGUUAUAAAUACAUUUUAAUUAUAAUAAUUAAUGAUUACAUACCUUAACUUAUAGUUGAUAAUAAAAUAAGUUUUCUAUGAAGCUUAGUAGUUUAGGUACUUUUGUUCAAUCAUUUUCAUAGGUGUAUACAUUACACUAUCAUUAAACAUUAAAACCAUAAUUAUUAACAAAAUUUAAAAUAAUACAAUAUAAUAAGAUCCAACAGUUUAUGAUUGUAGGUAUCCAUGUCAUUUGGUUGCUACAAAAUAAUAGAUUAAGUGUAUUUUGUAAUGUCAAAAUACUGUACCUAAAUCUUUUGUAGGUAUUAUACUGAUUUUCAUUGUAGUUUCAUAAGUAUUUUACUUUUAUUUUUAUGUUUUAUUAAUAUUACACAAUUUUUAAAAAUAAUUGUAUACAUGUGUAAAGUAAACACACUAAAAUUAUGUAAAUACAAAUAUAAAAAUAAUUAUUUAUCAGGUAUUUUUGUUUAUUAAUUAGUUUUCAAUGAAUAGAAUUAUUUUUAUUUUUACAUAACUAAUUUUCAAUGAUAAAACAAAUGUUUCCUUUAAAAAUUACUCUAGAUAGAGCCACGUGUGAUUUCUGACUUUUACGUGAUAUUAUUUUACAUUGUACAUUACUGUAGUAUGUCUGACCAGUUACUGCCUCAGCUACUCUAUAGGCAAGGUUAGUCUAUUAGUCAGGUCUAUCCAUGGAUAUUGUCGGGCGUACGCAUAUGUGGUACUCAAAGCGGAUUUUCUCUGUUAUGGCGACGAUAACCGAAUCAUAAUUUUAUUUGGACGGGAUAGCUUGCUGCAGAGUGCAGCCCCGUGAUCGCAACCAUGAACAUAUAUAUUGUUUUUAGAACCACUAGACCACCCUGGUGGCAGAUUCGUUAAUUAUUCGGCAAUUAUUAUUUACGAUCGUGCGCCGUCACCGAUUUCGCCACUGUGUAUACGGCGAAUCAUGAUGUCGUAGUGCGGUCGGAUGCGCUAACAACAUGUUUUCGUCUGUUCUUAUUUUGAAUAAAGCAUUCAUGUGUUUUUCAAUUCAUCUGUGACGGCGUCGCGCAUCGGAGGCAUCGGUGUUUAAAUCCAAAAUUCUCUGAUGGAAUCAAAGGUGGCAUUAUUACUCGCCGUGCUUCCGAGUUGGUCGAUGAGAUCAUUGAGCAAUAUAGAGAUGUCGUAUCGUGUCUCGGCAAUACAACUGUUGUGAAAACAAAUGUCAGGUCAUUCAAUCCAGUUGUGUGUCAUUUUGUGAUCCAGGUCUCUACUAAAUGACGUUAUUAAGACCUACGCUUGAUUGAUAAAACAAGUAAUAUACUAGCACUGUGAUAGAUAUAAUAUACUGGAGCUCUGACUCGGCCGUAAACACUUAGCGUCGCGUUUGACAUUACCCCCACCAUCGUAGGGCAAAACAUUUCGUUUUAACAUACGACGGAUGUAUAAAUAAUGGUUUGUUUAACGUUAUUACUUGUUAGCAGAUAGUUAAUAGUUUGUUAAUUGUAACAGUCUUCAGUACGAUUGUCUCAUGCUUAGCAUUUCAGAAAGAAACUGCCAAAUAAUUCUAUUUAAAAAUUUGUUAUAUCGUUUUUAGAUUAUUUGUAUAUAUAUAUAUAUAUAUAUAUAUAUAUAUAUAUAUAUAUAUAUUAAUAUUAAUCAAAUUAUUUUGUUCUUUUGUAGAAAUACAUAUACUGUUUUAAAAUAUGUUAUUUAUUUAUUUUUUUUUAAAUGAUUAAUUUUUUAUUGGUUUUUCUACGUGAUUAUAAUUUAUUGUUAAUUUUUAUAUUCUUUUCAUAUCAUUUGGAAUAUGAGUUAUAAUCAUGGUAAUAAAAUUAAUUAAUGAAUAAUUAUUACUACAUUUAAUAUGUGAAAGAAAUAAGGAAAAUAUUAAAAUAAAUUAAGAUUUACGAGCGAAAAUAAUGAGUAGUGCAUGUUAAAUUGUAUGUAAAAAUGAAAUGUUUUGCCCUUCGAUGGUGGGGGUAACUUCAAACGUGAGUCCGCGCUCCAGUAUAUUAUUAUCUAUCUCAGUGGAUGACCUAUAUUUUGUUCGAAAAUAUAUUUACAGAAAUUAUUUAAGCAGAAAAAUGUUUUACUGGAAAAGUAUUUUAGCCGAAAAAUAAUUUACUAGAGUUAGUUAUUUAGUUAGAAAAUUAGUUUUAUAUAUAAUAAAUACAAAUAGAGCGCGCUGUUGUUAAGGCAGGCCACAGCAUAGCUAUAGAAAAAUUAUAUCUAUGGUCACAAUAAGGUUGUAGGUAGAUAUCGUGGUGGUAGUACUCUGUAGUAGAGAAACCUAUGUUCAGCUGUUUACAGAUGAUAUGAGAUAACAGUGUUAUCAUCUUUAUAGGUAUUUUCUAUCGAAAUACAAUUCUAACAAAAUAUUUUCGUACUGAAUAUUAUUCUGAUAAUAUAUUUUCUUAUUAAAUGUUUUUCUUCUAACAUACGGCGAUUCGACGUAAAUAUUUUUCGACAGUUUCAUUUUUCUGAUCGACUAUUCUAUUAGAAUAUUUUCAUACUUUAUUCUUAUCCCCUCACAGUGUAUACUAGUGUAAAACUAAACAAUAAAUUAAUUUUCAAAUUAAUAAGCUUAAUAACUUAUUGCUAGUGUAACAUACAUAAUUAUUAAUUAAACAAAUUACAAUUUUAAUGCUGAGUUGUAUUGUUUGUGGAAGAACCACAGACAUAUUAAUAAAUGUACUACGCUUUCCUUACCUCUCGUCUAUCAUGGUGUUCGUUUCAUAGAUAGGUAUAAAUGAAAAUUUUUUAUUAAAUCAUAAUAAAUUUAUAUAAUAUAUUCAACCUUUUAUACCUUAUAUUUUACCUUUUACAGCUGUACCUUAAUAUGUUUAUGUUGUUUUGUAAAAGACAAAAUUAAAUAAUAGUUUUAUUCCUUGUUAUUUGGUCAUGCUGGAAGUAAACCUCUCGCCUCAAUUCAAAAUCGAACAGCAUCACAAUUAAUCUAUUACUCUAUGGACGAGAUGAGUUAGACUAGAUGUGUUUGUUAUCUCAUUUUUUUUCAUGACAAUAGGCGAUACCAUUUGUUAUAAUAUUUAAUUAUUAUUAUUGAUUUAGGUUUCAUAAUAACACUGUUUAAAACGAUGUUCCUUUAAUAUUUCAUAGUGCUGUCCGUGAUGCCACCGCCGAUGCCAUCAUCAUAGAUGAAUUAAGGAACACAUAAUAUACUGUAUAGUCUUCAUGGUUAUGAUCUUAGUGUAUAAUACAUCUUGAUUAUGAUCAUGGAUAAGUUCAUGGUUUCGCGUAUUAUUUUAUUCAAUUUCAGUAAAAUGAUAGAAAUACUAUUUUGAUUCAUAUUGGUCAAAUUGUGACCUACUUAUAGCAUCGUUUAUUUUUUCAUUUUACUAAUGUCUAAUACACUAUCUACCUAUUUUUAAUUUUAAAUAUAAUAAUUGCACAGUGAGUAUUUAUAAUUAAAUAUUUUUAUUUUAAUAGAAUUCCUAGGUAUAUCAAAUAUUUACUCUUCUGAGUGAGUUUGGACAUUUUUCCAUAAAGGAUAUUAACGUUUUUCUGAGGUAAUUGAUAUUUAUUAUUCAUUUAUAUAAUUUACUUAACUACCUUGUUUUGAUAUGUUUACUAUAUGACUUAAAUGUCAAGUACUAUAUUAAUUAAUUAACCAUUAUUUAAGGAUUCCAGAAUGGCACAAACUAGGCGUGUUCCAAUAUUUGGUUCACGACCACCUUGUGCAUAUCAAUCUCGUCUUGAUGACCGUAGUGCACAAUUGAAAGCAGCUCGAAAGGAGAGAUUAAAAAGAUAUGAUAAUCCAGACGAUUUUAUAUGCUAUAGAGAUUCUGAUGAUGAUGAAGAAGAAAGUAUAAUGUCAUUGUGCACCAUGUUAAAUUCUUCAUACAAUUUUGUUGACUAUGUAAGAAACAGAGAGUAUGGAAUGAGAGAGUAUCAUUCAGUAAAUCAAAAUUAUGGUACUCGUCAUAUCUUGACGCACGAUUUAUUCAAAGAAAAACCUAUAUCAUUAGCUACAAUGGAUAAAGUUUUUUGUUCACAAUGGCUUAGUAGUAAACAAAUUGUGUUUGGAACAAAAUGCAAUAAAGUAAGUAAAACAUGUACAGUUUGUUUACAUUAAACUUAACUUAUAAUUUGUCAAUGAAACAACUGGACUUUUUUAAUGUUUUUAUUUUAUUAAUAACAUUUUAGUUGAAUAGAUUCAAUUGAUAUUAGGUAACUACCUAUUUACCUAUUUAUUAUCUUAUUAAAGUAUUAGUUAAUACAGUGUUUCUCAACCUUUUUACUGUAGUGAUCCCUAAAUAUUAUAAUACCCCUAUGAAUAUUUAAAUUGUUAGCGAUCCUUAAAUAUAUACUAAAUACAUGGUAAUCCAAUAUUUUAUAUUUUUUUUUGCGACCCCCAGAUUGAGAAAUAUCAAGCUAGUAGAUACCUACAACUAAACUAAUUCAUUUUAAUAAUAGUAAGUUUUUGCUUCAAUUAGUGUUGAAAAUUAAGGCAAGGGACAAAUGUAUUUGUAGUAUAUGUGGUUCUUUGUUUAUCAUGACCUUAUUAACAUCAGUUUUGCUAAAUAGUGAUUUGUAUUGAUCCAUUGAAUUUUAAGAUUUUCGCUCUCCCAAAAGAUAUAAAAAUGAAUAAAAGUAACAUUGACUAAAAUGAGGAUGAUUUUGCACCACUUAUCAAGUUCCAAGUCUAUAAUUCUGAGCCUGCAGUUUAGUGUCAUGCUAUAUUGUUUUGUGCUUUCUUUGUUUUUGUAUUUUACUAUCUUUUUAAUUAAAUUGUUGAAACUAUAUGUGCAGUAGAUCAUGUUCUACCUUUUGUUUUGUUGUUUAUUUGAUAUCAACCAUAAAUAGUUAUGAAUAAUAAAACUUAACCGUUAGUACUGUUUGCUCUAGCGAUCUCCAAAAAUUAAAUCCCGGGUUUCCAAUGUACUUUGAGGGUGUACUUGCCACUUUACUACCUAGGAUAUGUUUAAAUUAAAUAUUUCUUUUCUAUUUUUAGUUAAUGGUUUAUAAUGUUAAUUCAGACAAGAUGGAUCAAAUACCAUCAAUUAAAGGACAUGUCGAUAUGUUAGGAGAUCAACAAAGUGGUAUUCAUUCAAUAAAAAUAAACCCAUCUAAGACAUUAUUAGCUACAGGUGCAUAUAGUUCAAAUGAAAUUGCUGUAUAUAGAUUGCCCACAUUAGAUCCAAUUGUUUUAGCCGAGGUAUAAUUUAAUUUUUACUUAUAUUUUUGUUUAUAAUUAUUUAUUUAUUUAAAUUAAUAUUUUUUUUAGGGUGCUCACAAAGAUAGGAUAUUUGACAUUGAAUGGUUAGAUACUGAAUUUUUUGUCAGUGGAUCUCGCGAUACUGAGCUUGCACUAUGGCAAGUUCAUGAUGACUAUGAAGAACGGUAUGACGCUGAUGGUGAUUUUAUACAACCUGCCAUUCAAUAUCUUAAACCAACAGUAAUAAAAAGUUGUAAAACAGCAGAAAAAGUUCGUGCAAUCUCAUUCAAUAAGAAUCUAAAAGAAAUGGUUACAUUAUCAUUAAAUGGAUAUGUUCAUAUUUGGGAUGUUGAACGAUUUAAACAAGUAAUUAAAAAUUUAAUAUAUUACACAUUAUUACUUACAAUAGUUCUAAAUUUUUUAAAUUCAUUGUUUUAAAAUGUUCAAAUAUUGAAAUGAAAUAAUAUUACUUUGGCCAUAAGUGAAUAAGUAAAUAUUUAUAUUCUUAGCAAAAAACAUAUUUGGUCAAUAUGGUUAAUGUUAAAAAUAAAUAUAAAUAUUAAAUGGUUUGAAAAUGUAAUGUAAUGUUAACAUUGAGUUAUAUAUCAUUUAAAUAUUAGUUAUAUGUGUAGGUUGUAGUAGAUCAAACCAUGUAUAUACUUGCUAGACAAACAACAAUGAUUAAUAUUUUUAUUAGUAAAGCUGAACUUUGUUAAAGUUUUAAUUUUGAAAAGUUUGUCAGUGUUUUGAUUUCUGGACAUUGAAACUAACACCUACUUACUGUUAUUUUUCGAUGUUAAUUUGGUAUUAAUUAAGCUUGUCCCAUGGUAAGCAAGCACCUUACAGGUGUAUACAAGACAAAACAUAUAGAAUUAAAGGAAUUUAAUUUUUAAUUUUUUCUAGAUUUAGGCCACUUCUUAUUCCUCAUUUUUUUUCUGAGGACAACUUUUCUACCAAAAAAACCAUGCUCUGAAAAUAGUUACAAUAUUAAAGAAAUAUUAUUGAAUAAAAUAUAUAAUGCUUAUGUAAUUAUUUUACCAUUAUAUGAUAUAUACAGGUUGUUCCUUGAAAAUAUAUCCCUUGAAUAUCUCUGCAGAUAAUAAAGAUAAUCAAAUUCUGUUAAUAUAUAUUACUCAAGGAUGAGGGAUUACAAAAACUUAUAUUUGUAUUACAUUUAAAAAAAAAAAAUUAAUACAAAUAUCUGUAAUCCCUCAUCCCUGUGAGUAAUAUAAAAAAAAAAACAGAAUUUGAUUAUCUUUAUUAUCUACAGAGAUAUUUAAGGCCCCUUAAGGCAUACCUUUGUGGGACAGUCUAUAUAUUGUUGACUAUGCAACACUAUUAACUGAACUUCCCUCAGAAUUGUUUUUCAUUAGCAAUUGUUUAUCAUUGCUUACAAAUAUACAUUAUAUUUCUCCUCUAUUCCCUUCCCAACUUCUCACCUACAACAAUGGCUGCACCCAUGUGCAAAAUAUAGUCUGUCUUUUCAUUAUCCAUUUUACUUUAUAGAGAUUUUCAAGAAGAUUAUCAUCUGGCCAAGAUAAUGUAUGCAUGGCAAUGAAAAGUGACAGUACUUUAUAUGCUAUAGGAUGUCGUUCAUAUACAUUACUACUUGAUUCGAGAAUGUUGCAUACUAUCAAAAAAAUUCCUACAAGAGCUAGUGGAUGUGGUUUGUAUAUUUUUAAUGUAUUAUUUUUCAUAUGUAAUUAUAAUUAUUUGAAUUUCUAA